AGAAUCUCUCCUUUCUUCUCUCUUUCUACGGACGCCCCCCCUCCCCCUUUCUCUCCUCCGAUAUCCCUGCCAUUCCCUCCCUGAUUCGAAACCCUAACCCUAGCUUUCGAACGAUCGAGGCGAUAAAGGCCCGCCUCCGUUUCUCCUUCGUCUGCGACUCCCUAUUCUUGAUCCCAAGCCUGAGGAGUAGAAGAGAAGCGAAGCCAAGCGGCGAAGUCGGCCAUGGCGAGGAAGUCCAGCAACUGUGCCAUCUGCGAGAAUUCCAACCUCGCCUCCAUCUGUGCAGCCUGCGUCAAUUACGGGUUAGGUGAUUACUACAACUCGUUGAAAUCGUUGAGGAGCACCAGGGAUUCUCUUUAUUCGAGAUUGAAUGAAAAGCUGGUGGAAAAGAGGAAAGCAGAUGAUCAAUUUAAUUGGAGAUUAAGCCAAAAUGAGAAACUCGAGAAGUUGAGGGAACGACUAAAUCACUUGAAGAAACAACUCUCACAAGAUAAGGCUAAGGUUGAGGAAGAAUCAAAUGAUCUAAACUUAAAAUAUGAGUUGUUAGAUUCAGCUUUUGCAACGUUACAAAAGAACCGUGUGGAGUUGUUGGAGAAGUUCUACACCAAUCUCAUCUACACUCAGAAUUUGGGCCAUAUGGCUAUCACCUCCGAACGUCUUCACAAACAGUCAAUAGUUAUAAAACAGAUCUGCAAACUGUUCCCAGUGCGUCGAGUUAAUCUAGAUGGUGAAAGAAAGGAUGGGUCCAGUGGUCCAUAUGAUCAAAUAUGCAAUGCACGCUUACCUAGAGGACUUGAUCCGCACUCAGUUCCAUCUGAAGAGCUUGCAGCCUCUUGGGGUGAAUUCUUCUUACCGUACAUGGUCCAACUUUUAAAUCUUGUUGUCCCAAACUUGGCUGCUCCAGCCCUUCAUAAUUGUGGUUUUGCGGGAUCUUGCUCACGCAUAUGGCAGCGAGAUUCAUAUUGGGAUGCACGUCCAUCUUCACAAAGCAAGGAGUAUCCACUUUUUAUUCCAAGGCAGAACUUCUGCUCUGGUGAUGAAAAUUCAUGGUCUGACAGAAGCUCCAGCAAUUUUGGUGUUGCUUCCGUGGAGUCAGAAGGGAAGCCUUAUUUAGAUGCUUCUAGAAGUAGUAGCUUUAAUUAUUCGUCUGCUUCUCCACAUUCUGUCGAAACUCACAAGGACCUGCAGAAAGGGAUAUCGUUACUCAAAAAAAGUGUGGCAUGCCUUACAGCUUAUUGCUAUAAUUCCUUAUGCUUGGAUGUACCUUCUGAAACUUCCACUUUUGAAGCAUUUGCAAAAUUGUUAGCCACUUUAUCUUCUUCAAAGGAACUUCGAUCUGUUUUCUCAUUGAAGAUGGCAUGCUCAAGAUCCGAUAAGCAAGCUCAGCAGCUGAACAGAUCAGUAUGGAAUGUAAAUUCACAGGUUUCAUCAAGUAGUUUAGUGGAGAGUACACACACAACAAUAAUGCCAAAUGCUCGGGACAACCACCUGUCAAACUCUGCUGCUAGUUUUCUUUACUCGGCUGAGAUGAUUGAGUUAGGAAGGUCUGAAAGCCUUGUGGAAGGUUGGGAUAUAGUGGAGCAUCCUCCCCUUCCUCCUCCUCCAUCACAGGUUGAAGAUGUUGAACAUUGGAUGCGGGCCAUGUUCAUAGACGCCAAAAAGAAAUAGCAAAGGCACCAGAUGCUCUUUCACAAUACCGCUGUUACUUUGCAACUUUGAUGUACAUGACCAUCCACAGGACUUUUCCUUGAUAGUUUUAUAGCACAGCAUGUAUAGCUCCUGAUUUUAUCCAACAAAUUAAUUUUUAGCUGGGGAGAGUGCUCAUUUCUUGUUGUACAGCGACGAGGUAAUGGCAAUUAAUUUCACUUAUGCUAAUUGGGCCAUGUAAAUACAAAGUCCUUAGCUGAUAUGGAUAAUUGCUUUGGAGGACAAUUCCUUGGUACAGUUACCAUUUUGUAUUCGGUGCUCCAAAGAAGGAAUUUAUUAGUUUUUGUGGCCAGUAAAAUGCCCAAACUAUUCAAGGAGGGCUUUCUAGACAUCCAGAAUCUGGUAUCUUCGGGUAACCUAGUUAGUGGGAAGGUAUCUUAAUUGGUGUGUGAAACCACUGGCAAGCGUCUAGCUGCCCGAGAAAAGAAGAAUUUAUGCCCACGGGUGACGGACUAUUCCUUCGCGCAGAACCUCUCGUCAAGACAAUGUCCUACGUGGAUUGGUUCUCUUAAUGUUUCUCUUCCCCCUCAUUGCUGGAAUGGAUUUGGGUUGUAUCUUUCGCAUGAAGAAUGAUUGAUCUUUUUUUAUUGAUACGAUGAUUGUAAUAUUGUACAACUUUCAAAGCAUUUUAAUCUCUUUCUUC